GUAUCCUUUCACUGACGGGCCGCACUGAGUCCGUCGUUGAGUGGACCGGGCCGUCCGCAAUCGACUACAGGCCCAACACUCGGCAGCGGUGGAAAUAGAGAGAAGAAAGAGGGGGACAAGAACGAGGAAACCCUAGCCCAGCACAACACCCUUCUCUCUCCGCCGCGCCGCCGCCGCCGCAGCCAAAACAGCCUCCUCCUCCGACUCGCUCGCUCUCCGUCGAGGCCAUGGCGUCCUCCUCCUCCUCUUUACUCUUCCCUUCGACCUCUUCAUCCUCCUCGCCGUCUUCGGCGCGGGUGGAGGCGGUGGUGCUCUUCAACAUCUGCGACAGCUACGUGCGCCGCCCGGACCAGGCGGACCGCGUCAUCGGCACCCUCCUAGGCUCCCUCCUCCCCGACGGCACCGUCCACGUCCGCAACUCCUAUGUCGUCCCCCACAACGAAUCCGCCGACCAGGUCGCCAUCGACAUCGAGUACCACCAUAACAUGUACGCCUCGCACCAGAAGGUCAACCCCAAGGAAGUUAUCGUCGGAUGGUUCUCGACUGGCUUUGGUGUUUCAGGGGGGAGUACACUUAUCCAUGACUUCUAUUCAAGGGAAGUGCAAAACCCCAUCCAUCUUACAGUCGACACCGGCUUCACUAGGGGGGAGGCAUCCAUCAAAGCGUACAUCUCAUCCAACCUGUCCCUAGGAGAUAGGCACCUCGCUGCACAAUUUCAGGAAAUCCCGCUGGAUCUAAGGAUGAUUGAGGCAGAAAAGGCUGGAUUUGAGAUCCUGAAAUCUACAAUGGUCGAGAAGCUUCCCAAUGACCUAGAAGGAAUGGAGUCUUCAAUGGAAAAGCUUUACAUUCUUAUUGAUGAGAUCUACAAAUAUGUCGAUGAUGUUGUGGAAGGACGUGUGGCGCCUGACCACAAAAUUGGGAGGUUCAUCUCUGAAUCUGUCGCUUCUAUGCCAAAGUUGUCUCCAUCUGCUUUUGAUAAGCUUUUCAAUGACAAGAUUCAGGAUAACCUUGCGCUGGUAUACCUGUCGAGCAUCACAAGGACACAAAUCAGCAUAGCGGAGAAGUUGAACACUGCUGCUCAAGUCCUGUAAUUUCGGUAGCACAUCUCAGUGGAUGACUUCAUGCGAUCUAUGAUGUUUUGCAUAUGUGUUCGGUUGAGGCAGAAAUGUGGUUUUUGUUUUUGUUAAAUGAGAUCUAGUAGAGGGGAAGAGGCUGAGACGAUUCAAUUUGGAUAGUAUUCUGCUUCUAGUUGAAUAUUUGUAAUGCUUGUUGAUUUUGCAUAGCGACGUCUUCGAACAUCAUGGGAUGCAAUGCAAUGAAGAGAAUUGCUCCACAA